CCAACCCUCCAGCCAGCCUCUCCCGUACAGCUUCUUCUUUCCCGUUGCCUUGGUACUCGCGGCUCGCUCACGGUGCAGUCCAGAGCACGCCUCGCAAAAGCCUUGCAUGCCAUCAGCAACGGGAGGCUCUCCGACAGAGAGACAUAUUCGCGUCGCCGCCGCCGAUCCGCAGUCGCGCCCCGCAGUGUCAGGCUCGCUCGCCAUGACCCCGCGGCGUCCCCAGCGUGCAGCACCCCGACUAUAGCGUCCCGUCGUCGAGGCCUUCCGCGUCCGCUCCCCUUGUUCCUUCCGAAAUCCGAACCCGCCCCCGCCGCCAGCGACUCGGCCCUUGCCUUAUGAACACCAAGGUCACGCGAGCUUGCGAUGCCUGUCGGGUCCGGAAGGUGAGGUGCAGCGGUGACCAACCCUGUGCCCAGUGCGCGCACCUCAACCUCGCCUGUGCUUUCGCGCCUCCUCCGGCGAAGCGCAAACCCGGCGUUCGCGGCCGUCUUGUCGCCCAGCUGCGCAGCAAGACGGCCGCCGAGGUUGCCAAUGGGAGACCCGGGGCCGCGCCCGCGUCCUCCAUCACCUCGCCCGCCGCCGCGAGUACCUCGUCAUCAGCCUCGUCGCCCGCCUCGGGCGGCGCGGCGCAGCUUCCCGCCGUGACCUCUAUUGCUGGCAUCGUCGACUCCAACCAUGCCGUCAGCCCUCGCUACGAGCUGGCUCCCGCCAUUGGCGGCGGCGGCUACUCGCAGGACUUCUUUAUGAGGCUACUCCCCGAGUACGAGCAGCUCGUCUACCCCGUCAACCCUGUCCUGACGCCCGACGAGCUGCGCGCCGCCAUUUCCAACAUGCACGCAAGCUACGAGGAUGCCGCGCUGGUCCACGCCUUUGGCGCCGUCACCAUCAACCUCACGCAGACCUCGUGGACCCUGCACGGCGACAUCGCAGCGCAGAUGACCUCGCUUAUACAGUACAGCCUUUGGGCGCACCGCAAGGCCGAGAUGGGCAGAGAUACCGACGUCCACUACCUGCAAUGCGAGAUGCCCAUGACGGUCAAGCGCGUCAUGGUCGGUAUCUGGAAUGAAAUCUCCCUCAUGGCCUUUAAGCGCUUCGAUCGCAGCUUCGCCAGCUUGCGCGAGUCCAUUACCAUGAUCCAGAUGCUCAAUAUACACCAGUAUUCCGAAGAUAGCCCUCGCGGCCUAACGCGCCGCGAGAUCUCACGCCAGCAGCGCAUGUAUUGGGAGGCCUACAUCCACGAGCGCUUCAUGUGCAUCAUGUCGGGCUUCCCCUGCACCAUGAUCCCGCUGCGGACCGGCCUCCCCAUUACCGACGCCGACGUGCCCCCUUACGUCACCGUAGGCUUCAACCGCCUGAUACGCCUCUUCCAGAUCAUGGACCCGCCGUUACUUGCCCACUGGACAGCGCAGGCGAUGGCCGACGCGCCGACCAUGACAGCCGAGUGGAUCGAGAGCAAACAGGCCCAGCUCGAUGCCGACGAGGCCGAGACGGCCGACGCCGCGCGCGACCUCUCGGCCAGCGGCGCUGGCGCCCUAAGUGAAGAGCAGCAUGUCGACCUCUUCAUCACGCGCCUCUGGCUGCGCACCCUCGUCUGGCAACUCGCCUUGUCGCACGGCCUCCUCCGCUCCGCGCCCCCGCGCGACGCCCACGAGGGCCUCUCGCUGCACUUCCCUGCCCAGCGCCUCUCCGCCCAGCUGCGCGGCCUCGUCAGCCGCCUCGGCAACAACAUGUCGAGCGUCAUCAUUCACGGCAGCGGCAUCCUGCAGAAGCUUUUCGAAAUCACCAGCACCGUCGCCGACGUUCUCGCCCUGCCGCGUGGGCCCGGCCAGACGCAGGAGGAGGCCCGCACCCGCAUGGAGGACUUUCUCUUCGUCGUCCGCUUCAUCUUUGGCUUUGAGCGCACGCAGAAGCACCAGCGCGACUAUCUCCGCGAGAAGCUCGACGCGCUGCGGGACAUGUACACGGUGGUGGACUUUGGGGACCUGGCUGGCAGUCCUGCUGCGACGAAAUGGGGGGCGCCCUCCUCUUAACGGACGGUGACGCGAAGGACUACGGUCACCAAAUGUCAAGGCUCAAAAAUUAUUUCGUUUACAAAGGAAGCGACGGCGUUUUAAGGCGCUAAUGUAAUCCAAAGUAUUAUGGCACGGCAGCAUCGGGCAGAAACCACUGCUGAUCGCAAGUGUAACAAUACCACAUAUUUGUUAUGUUUUUAUGUAGG